UUCCAAAAUACGCCGAGAGUAUUCCUGAUGGUGAAACGAGCGUUGCUUCAUCGAACGCAGCUAAAGAAAACAACAUCUAUGUAGUUGGUGGUACGAUGCCUGAAAUAGAGGGCGAUAAAUUGUACAAUACCUGUACUAUUUGGGGUCCCGAUGGAACUUUGAUAGCAAAACACCGAAAGGUACAUCUAUUCGACAUCGACAUUCCUAAUAAGAUUACUUUUCGAGAGAGUGAUUCACUCAGUCCUGGUAACUCCCUAACGACGUUCGAUGUGAAGGGCUGCAAAAUAGGUAUUGGCAUUUGCUAUGAUAUUAGAUUCGAGGAAAUGGCACGCAUUUAUCGGAACAAAGGUUGCCAAAUGCUGAUAUAUCCAGCGGCAUUCAAUAUGACCACUGGACCACUGCACUGGUCAUUACUUCAGCGUUUCAGAGCGAAUGAUAAUCAAUUAUACGUUGCCUGCAUAUCACCGGCUCGUGUUCCUUAAGCAAGUUACGUCGCAUGGGGACAUACACAGUUGACCAAUCCCUGGGGAAAGAUUCUUUACGAUUUGGAAACUCAAGAGAAUAUGGCAGUCACCGAUAAAAAAAAAAAAAAAAAAAAAAAAAAAACUGGCGAACCGUGUGUUACCACAACGAGACACGCGAUGCUAUUUGUCGCUUUAAAUUGUGCCGCAACUCGUUUUUGAGAUCUUUGCCAGGGGCGCGUUAAAA